AAACAAUGUAGGUUAGGUACCUAUUUGAUUUGAACAGCCAUGAAGUCGAGUCGAGCCGGGCGGGAGAAACCUGCGUGCGGGCCUCACGGGCACCGCCCCGUGCCCCGCUCCCCGCCGAUCAUAUGUUCGGCGCGCCGGCGCGCAGCGACCGCUCACUGCGACUCGGGCACCCGCCGUCGUCGCAACGUCACGAGCUCUACGUACACGCCCGCGCAGGAUCAGCUGUCGCGACUGAUACGCUACGCACCGCACGGCGAAGCCCUGUAAUAAGCCGCAGUGCGGUGUGCCAUGGAGCUGCUUUGUGCGGAACGCGUGAGCCCGAGCACCGAGGGCGCAGCGGCGCCGGCGCCGGGCCCGCGGGCCGCCGUGCCGGACCCGGUGCUGCUGCGGCGCCGUGUGCUCGACAACCUGCUGCGCACGGAGGAGCGCUACGCUGUCACCACCAACUACUUCGGCACCGUGCAGACGGAGAUCACGCCUCACAUGCGUCGCCUCGUCGCCGAGUGGAUGUUAGAGGUAUGUGAAGACCAAGGAUGCCAAGAGGAGGUGUUCCCCCUAGCGGUGUCGUACCUGGAUCGCUUUCUGAGCAUUUGCCCAGUGGGGAAGAGCCAAGUGCAACUCCUGGGCACAGCGUGUCUCCUGCUGGCGUCGAAGCUGCGCGAGCCCGGCUCGCGCUGCCUGCCCGCCGACCUGCUGGUCUUCUACACCGCCAACAGCAUCACCCUCGCCGACCUAUGCAGUUGGGAGUUGCUCGUGUUGUCGAAGCUCAAAUGGGACGUAGCCGGAGUGACGGCACACGACUUCCUGCCGCUGCUGCUGUCGCGACUGCCGCUGCGGGGGCUCGUCAACACCAACAUGGUACACCGGCACGCUCAAACCUUCAUUGCGCUUGCUGCCAGAGAUUACGAGUUCAUGUUGUACUCGGCGAGCACGCUUGCGGCGUGCAGCAUUGCCGCGGCGCUGCGCGGGCUCAGCCUGGACGGCCAUCUUGCGCGCCUGCACGACCUCACAGGCAUCGACUUGGACUGCCUACACACAUGCCUCGAACAAAUAGAGGAGAUGGUGCAGCACAUGAUAGAAGAACGGCCGGUCUCGGCCCCAAACGGGCAGAGCAGGGAGGCGGCGGGGUGGACCCCUCCGCCCUCCCAGGACAAGGCGCAUAGCAACGCCGCCACCCCCACCGACGUUAGAGACGUUCACUUCUAACGCCGUAAUGAUAAUCAUACAGUUCGCUUAAAAGGUGCAAGUACGAAAAUACUUUAAACUAAACCUAUAGUUAUUAGGGUGCAUAGUGAUCGAGGACUGAUACCAAGACUGACAAGCACAUGUCUACACGUAGGCACGCGCCUACUUACUAUAAGUAUAGUACAUGUAUAGAGUAAGUUUAAGAUAAGUGUGCCCUGCGAGCUACUCGUCGGCUUCCUAGCUUCGCCGGGCGUGAGGCGCAGCACUCAGUGAGUUUACUUUAUAAACGCAUCUUCCAAUUUUAGUAAAUAUUGUUCUUGAAAUUACAAUCUACCUCUUAUUGUUUAAGACAAAAGUUUCAGUUUCGUCUGGCCGUAAGCUGUAAUAACAUUUAAAGCACGGUACACACUGACUACAUUUUCAUGCUGUUUGCAUGGGACCAAAGCAUCAUUUUGUUUUAAAAAUGAUCAGAUAUAUGUAACAUAGAAUGACUGUUAUGUUUAAUCAUAAUAUUAUAGUCAUACAUAUUCCAUAUUCGAAGGGUUGAUUACGAUGAGAACAGUAUCCACAUUAAGUGAAUUCCGUAAAGUUGAUAAACCUGUUAUGUAUCGCGAUAUCCAUCAAAUUCUACUUAUAUCGGGGGAAGGCAAUAAAAUACGCUUUUAUAUUUUGUAAAAACUAAUGUUACGUUCAUUAAUUUUAUCAUAUUUAUAUACUAUAGGCACUACAUAUAAACAAAUUCAUAUGUCGGUAGUAGUUGAUUUGAAGGGUAAUACCGUGUGUUGGGGACUUGUAUGACGUCUCGAGGGAGGAGACGCGCGCAAGCGCACGCUAGGGCUGUAUUUUUGUUUCCGCUCUCUCAAAGAUUCUCUUAAAGACUAAUUCUCUAUGUAAGCAAAUAAAAUCUUGUUCCUCUUGUAAGAAUAACAGUGAUGUUUAGCUUUUAAUUAGGUACGCCGCGGUAAGGCAUCAACAACUGUAGGUUUAAUUUUAACAUUUAAUGUGAUAGUGUCGAAAGAUGAUUGAACUUCAUAUCAUAGUCACUUCAAGUCAUAAUAUGUAAACUUAGAGGUACUAUUUGUUGGAUAAAUUAAGAAAAUAGAUAAAAAAAUGUGAUUUAUUAAAAUAUCCUUGAUAGAAAUUUGUAAUUUACCUAGAUUAGGUGUGUAAUAGGUAGCACAUAUUAAUGUUUGUUACGUUCCUAUGUUAGCAACUGUCAAAAGUCCUAUGUAAUGAUAUGCAUGCAAUAGUCGAAUUCCACCAUUAUGUACUUAAUAUUUCAUUACCAAAACUACAAUAAGUAUAAUCCAAGCCCACAUUAAUAUUGUUUCAUAAUUGUGAUAUUACCUACCUUGUUAUUGACAUUAAUAUUAAGUUUUUAGGUUUUCAGUUCGUAUUUCUAUUUCGGGUUCUGAAAAAUAGCUACCCACCUAGUUGUAUAUAAAUAUAAUUGAACGAUAUGUUCCUGCAUUGGACCCGUUCGCUAACUUGACUUAAAUGUUGAAGAUAACUUUUUCACAUUUUGUGGCCUCAACGUAAUUAUUAUGUCCACAAAAAUAAUGUUAAGUUUAGGUACAUAUUGCUUGAAUAUAAUUACGCUUAGCAUUUAAGUAUCCAAGUAAGCGAACGGAUGAUAAAAGUAUCAAAGAAAAAAUUGUACAAUUUCCCUAUUGUCUUUUAUAAUAUAAUACAGCUGAGACUGUGACGAAUGGAAUUCAACUUAGGUCAUUUAUAUAACACUCCUAAUGGAUUUGCGAUCACCAAAUGUCCGAAAAUUACCGUAGUAAAGAAAAAAAUGUGCUCAGUAGAUUUACAUAGAUUAAGUGAACAAUCAGUCCAUUGUCUUCCAUGAUAUUACUGAAGAAUCAGACAACAGGAUUUCCACGACCUGAAAUGCUCUGUCAGCGAUGCAAGUCUGUUUCUUCACUAUAUAGAUUAUAUAUAGAUACAGCGGUAAAUAGAUUAGGCCAUUUAUUAAUGUAGAUAUUUUAUAGUUAUGUAAAUAAGUAGAUUGUUUUUAUAAAAUUAUGCUGUAAGCAUGUGGUGCCAUAGUAACACUCCUAAAAAGUAUUGUAUGUAUAAAAUAAUUAGCACUAAUAAUUCAAUUACCUACUUAUAAAAUGUACCGGCAAUGUCCGCGUUCCGUUAUAUUCAGUACGCACUUUAGAAUUCAAUUUAUUUUCUAUAGAAAGUAUUUCAGUUAACAUGAAUGAAAGUAUACAUUUUAUUAUUUAGUUUAUAUCAUGUAUAUAAACAAAGUUAUGUGGGAAAAUAAUACGCAUUACAUAGAUAGUCUUAAUGAAUGCUUGGGGCUUUGGGCUAGCUUCAAAUAUUCUAAGAAAUGUUAUUACAUUGACAUGAAAUGUAAGAGGAAAA